AUGAAUAUGUCUUCUGCCAAUGUGACAGUCGUCUUACAGUAUCGAGACUCCUUCACUAAAGCUGUGACCAAGAAUGUGAUUGUUGUGAUCCUCGGCAUCUCCAUCAGCUACCUCAAUGCUAACCUUAUUUACACCUUCUGCAGAAACCAGAUUUUCUACAUGAAUCCCCGAUAUAUCCUCUUUAUUCACCUGGUGAUCAAUGACUUGGUCCAAGUGACGCUGACCGCCAUACUGUUCAUAAUCAGCUACACCAUCUACAAACUCAAUGUCUCUGUCUGUUGCAUCUUCAUGCUGCUUGCUCUCUUCACCACUGAAAACUCCCCACUGAACCUAGCUUGCAUGGCAGUGGAGUGCUACAUAGCCAUCUGCUUCCCCAUGCGCCACGUUCACAUUUGCACCAUCCAAAGAACAUUAAUCUUGAUUGGUUCAAUUUGGAUGACCACCAUGUUGUCUGUACUUCCUGAUCUGUUCAUCACCUUGGCCACAGAACCACUGGAUUUCUUUCAUUCCCAAGUGUUUUGCCUCAGAAACACAGUCUUCCCAAACCCCCUCAUCACCAAGAAAAGGGAUAUCACAUAUGCAGUAUUUCUAGUCAUCGUUUGGCUCACUAUCAUUUACACUUACUUCAAGAUCCUGUUCACUGCAAAAGCAGCAAGCAAAGAUGCCAGGAAAGCCAAAAACACAAUCCUCCUGCACGGGUUUCAGCUGCUGCUCUGCAUGGCAACAUAUGCAGCCCCUCACUUAACAAAUGCUCUGCAGGGAUGGUUCCCUAAUAAUUACACCGAUUCCCUGUUUGUGAUCUAUAUUAUAGUGCAAAUCCUGCCGCGAUCCAUUAGCCCCAUUAUCUAUGGCAUACGUGACAAGACUUUUAGGAAGUUCUUGAAAGGGAAUCUGCUAUGUAAAGUCACCGCACAUGAGUCAGACCACCAUAACAAGUAA